UGAGAAAAGGCAGAGAAUUUGGGAGUUUGUGGGGAAGAAAGAAUCCAACCAAACAUUCUCAGACUAUAUGUGACAUUUGUUGCUGACAUUUGUUGAAUUGCUGACUGCCCAUUCUCACUUUCAGUGAUCUGUUUGGUUAGAGAUUUAGAGGGGAGACUGUCAUAAAGAAGAACAUACUAAAAAAAAUUUAAAAUAAAAAUGGAGACUUUCUCAGUUUCCAAACUCCCUUUCUUCUUCAUCUUCCUUGGCGUUUUCAUAUUAAUGAGAGCCCAGUUCAUCUUCUCCACUAAUGUCUCCUAUGACAGCAAGGCAAUCCUCAUCAAUGGCCAAAGGAAAAUACUCAUUUCUGGCUCUAUACAUUAUCCAAGAAGUACCCCUCAGAUGUGGGAAGAUCUGAUAAGAAAGGGUAAAGAUGGAGGCUUGGAUGUUAUUGACACAUAUGUGUUCUGGAAUGUCCAUGAGCCUUCACCUGGCACUUAUAAUUUUGAGGGGAGAUAUGAUCUGGUCAGCUUCAUAAAGACUGUGCAAAGAGUUGGCCUCUAUGUUAAUCUCCGCAUAGGACCUUACGUUUGUGCAGAGUGGAAUUUUGGAGGAUUUCCUGUUUGGUUGAAAUUUGUUCCUGGUAUCCACUUCAGAACCGAUAAUGAACCGUUCAAGGAACAAAUGCAAAAGUUCACCAAGAAAAUCGUUGAAAUGAUGAAGAGUGAAAAACUGUUUCAGUCUCAAGGAGGUCCUAUAAUACUGUCCCAGAUUGAGAAUGAGUAUGGUUCAGAAAGUAAGGCUCAUGUAGGAGUUGAGAAGGCAUAUAUUGAUUGGACUGCAGAAAUGGCAGUUGGGCUGAACACAGGAGUGCCAUGGAUCAUGUGCAAAGAAUCCGAUGCCCCCGAUCCGAUUAUAAAUACAUGCAAUGGCUUCUAUUGUGAUUAUUUUUCUCCAAACAAAGCCUACAAGCCUAAAAUGUGGACCGAAGCUUGGAGCGGCUGGUUCAUGGAAUUUGGAGGCCCAAUCCCAAGGCGUCCGGUUGAAGAUUUAGCUUUUGCAGUUGCUCGUUUCAUAGCGAAGGGUGGCUCAUUUGUUAACUAUUAUAUGUACCAUGGAGGAACAAACUUUGGUCGCAGUGCGGGUGGUCCUUUCAUAACAACCAGUUAUGACUAUGAUGCUCCGCUUGAUGAAUACGGGCUGAUAAGACAACCUAAGUAUGGACAUUUAGCCGAGCUUCAUAAAGCGAUUAAACAAUGUGAACAAGCUCUAGUAUCAUCAGUUCCUGAAGUUAUUAAGCUGGGGAAAUCUCAACAGGCAAGUGUUUUCUCAUAUGGGAAAGGAAAAUGUGCUGCCUUUCUGUCAAACUUAGAUAGCGAAUAUGAAGCGACAGUAACUUUUAAGGGGAAGAAAUAUACGCUGCCCCCUUGGUCUGUUAGCAUACUACCUGACUGCUACAAUGUUGUCUUCAACACUGCAAAAGUCGGGACCCGCACUUCGCGGACAAAAAUGUUACCAAGUAACUCUCAGCUGCAUUCAUGGGCAACUUAUCAUGAAGACAUACCAGCUUUGGAGGACAGUUCAAUGCCCACAGCUAAUAAACUCUUGGACCAGAUCAGCCUGACCAAGGACACUAGUGACUAUUUGUGGUAUAUAACAAGUGUUGAUAUUAAUUCAUCCGAAACAUUCUUACAAAAAGGAGAAAAGCUCACGUUAAUCGUCAAUUCAAGAGGGGAUGGAGUACAUGUAUUUGUUAAUGGAAAGUUUUCAGGAUCUUCAUAUGGUAACUCAGAGUCAAAGAGAUUCACAUUUACUGGACAAAUUGAACUAAAGGCUGGCAAAAAUGAGAUUGCCUUACUAAGUUUAGCUAUGGGACUUCCAAAUAUUGGGAACGGCUUUGAGGACCGGCCCAAGGGAAUCCUGGGACCAGUUAUUCUCAAAGGUCUAAACCAGGGAAACAAGGAUCUCUCAUGGCAAACAUGGAAAUACCGGGUUGGAAUGAGGGGAGAAUCAAUGAACUUGUUCUCUCCAAAGGGUGUCUCGUCGGUCCAUUGGACCGGAGGGUCAUCCUCUCUGGUCACCCAACAACUGAACUGGUUCCAGGCUUAUUUUGAUGCACCAGGUGGAAGUGAGCCUUUGGCUUUUGACAUGAGAGGCAUGGGGAAGGGACAGGUAUGGGUAAAUGGGGAAAGUAUAGGGAGAUUUUGGUCACUGCAUGUGAAGGGUGGAAAGUGUGUGCAUGGCUGUUCAUACAAUGGGACAUUCAAUGUCCCAAAAUGCCAACAAGGGUGUGGCAAUAAGCUGAAUCAGAGAUGGUAUCAUGUCCCAAGGUCUUGGUUGAAACCAACACAGAAUCUGUUGGUCAUAUUCCAAGAAGUUGGGGGAAAGGGCGACAUGUCGAAGAUUUCGUUAGUGAAACGGACGGUUUUCUGAUUCAAUCCAAACCCAUCCAAAUGUGGCCAUAUCGAUCCGAUAGAUAUAUAUAUACAUUCCUGGUUUUUGCAGGAGUUCUUGGUGUAGAAGAACUGUUCAGUCUCCAGUUUUAUACACAGAGAUACCACAUACCAAUUUAUAAUUUUAUGUGCAAAUGAUAUGUUAGUCUACUUUCUUUUGAACUUACUCCCAACCUUCUUCUUUUUUUUUUUUGCCAUAUAUAGUCAUAUGGUUAGUUUCAUUUUACCCUUGAGGACCAAAGUGUUACUCCCACUUCAAAAGAAUUCAAAGUUAUGAAAUAUGGUAAAAUAACAAAAAUUCUUUGAAUUA